AGGUUCAGAAGUGCUCGCGAAUUUUCAUUGCUGCAUUUCAUCGUCGGGAUUUCACAAAUCCGUGGUUCCAACGGAUUCUAAUCUCUAAUAUAUCCGAAAGGACAAAUGACAUCUUGAUAAGUGUGGCCUGCUGAUGUAUAUGCAUCAUGUCGAAUUGAAAUUUUCGACUAUAAAAAAUUCGAUGACGUCAUUUUGUGCAAAUUUGAUCUGAAGGAGAUUACUUGAUUGCAAAGAUAUGGCACCGGGCGGAUCGCCGGCUGCUGCUGCUGGUCGCAGGGGGGAGGCCGAGGACGAUUACGGCAGUGAGAGGCGACCUCUAGAUUUGAAUAAAUAUACGACAAAGAAAACGAUUGCACAGGGCAUGCUUGAUGUAGCACUGCUCACGGCGAAUGCUAGUCAGUUGAAGUACGUGCUGACGAAUCACGGGAAUCAGCAGGUCCACUUCUAUUACUUACUACUGGUGUUGAUCUCUGUCUCCAUUGCCCUACAGGUGAUCGUCGGAAUUCUGAUUCUUGUCGUGGGAAACGUCAACAUCAACAGGAAGGAGAAUCACUACGUAGGCAACAUCAUCAACAACUUCACAGUCGGACUGAUCUUCCUAAUAUCCGUAAUCAACAUUGUCAUCUCAUCUCUGGGAUUGGAUAACUACUCGUCGCAGUAUCAGUACCAACCGGUUGUAACAGGAAAUAAUUGAACAAUUUUGAAAUCGGUUAAAAAAUAUUAAUAUACAUUUUCAAAUGUUUGACAAACGUUCGAAUAUUUCUGCAGACGAACAAAAUUAACCCGAUUUUCAAUUUCAGCCCAAAGAAGAGCUUCAAAAUACUGUAUAUGACAAAUUUAAUAAGUUUUAAAAUGUUUAAGUUCCUUGCAAGAUAUAUAACUCUUGAAUCAGUUGGACAUUGAUGGGUUUCAAUUUCAAAAUACUGUACUGCAUGUACUUAAGCCCUAAAAAUUCGAUACUGGUUCAUACAAAAAAGAAAGAGACAGCAUCCACUGCGAUUCAAUUGGCAAAUUUUCAUUGCGAGGAUCUCUUAACUUCGUAUCAGUCAUUCAGGAGCUUUUAGAAUACAGUAGUUCUUUGAAAAAAAAUCGAAUUACAGUAUUAAGAAAUGUGGAAAGCAUUGAAGAAUAAAAAUGAAGGACCCCCAGUUUUUUACAUAAUUUUCCAUGCAAAUGAUUAACCGAAUGCUGUUGCUUCUUAUAGGAUUGCUUUUGGUAUAGCUGCUUCUAUUCUUGUAAUAUUUCUCUUGCUUUUGUGAAAAUAAAACAAAUACUCUGUA